GACAAUAGCAGUUUCUACCGACCCCCAAGGAAGCCAGUCAAGAAACUCCCCCGCUGCCACCGGGCAGGCAGCUCCCGACAGACAACAAAAAGAGGCCACCCCCUCCAUCCCAGGGAAAGGCAAGACAACUAUCCUCGCUCUCACCCCCAAGAAGAAACGACGCUUCGGCGGCGAAUUCACAACGGACAACAUACCAGCACUCCAACUGAACAAAGGCAGAGCAAAUCCCUUUCACUUUACGCAGAAACCACCGGAGGGACUCAGUUCCUCCCUCUUCAGCGGCGUCAAAAAAGCCACCGCAACCAACCAAAGGCAUAAAUCCCUCACACAAAGCAAAAUCAUAGGACAACUGGCAGAGAUCAAUACAAUACACAAAGCCAGACAAACUAUUCUUAUUUCAACCGCUACGGCUAUAGACGAAUACCUAGCAACCUUCACCACAGGCCACUGCCUGGCAGCGGCCAAACAAAUCCACGCUGCACUGGCAACCGCCCUCAAAACCUUCCUCUCUCUAAAACACAAUCCGGGGGGUCCCAAAAACCCCGACACUCCAGGCAGCAAGAGACUCACUGCCCAACCGCCUAAAAAGGCAUCAGCCAACACAUCCCGCAGCACAGAGGUCAAAUCAAGGGAAACCAGAGGACCCACUGGGACGGCAGCAGCCGAAACUACCCCGCCCCAAGGGCCAGAAGGAGCCAAAAAGGUCACGUGGGCAGAAGUCGCGUCACACAGGGCUACUCACAACAAAAACCCUCAAAGGGGACAAAACAACAAAAGAACAUCUACCUCCAACAGCAAAGGGCCGGCCCCCGCUAACGAAAACAAGGAAAAACAAAAGCCAAAGACAACUGCAUAAAAACCCGACGACUGCAUCUUCGUCUAAGUCCCCCUAGACCAUAAAUAGAGGAAGAUGAUGGCCAUCGGGGCUAAAUAAGAGUCCAUUCGGGCUUCGCCCUCCAGCCUAAGAACCAAAACAUCAAAAACAAGAUCCUCGCACUCGCACCAGAAGCAGAAAAAAACAACUUAAAAAUCGAAGAAGCGUACACAUA